AUGACAGCUGCUCACCUCUCUCCCCUACAACAGGACCCAUCUAGGUCGGGAAACCCUGAGAUUUUCCAACCACUCUCUAGCCUGUUCACUUCCAGAUCAGAGCGACGUCGGUCCAUUACUUCAACUACAGUCAACACUGAUCUCGCGGUCGAGCAAUUUCCUAAACAAAGCCAGAAUCGUCGCAGUUCUAUACUAAGAAAGCUGGCGGGGCCACGGGAGAACGCAAAGCGCUUCCUCCGCUUGGGCGCGCCGCCCAUUAACGGCUCAUCAUCGCCGCCACUUACCAACACUACUUCCGCUACCGCUACCCACCCGAUGUCCCGGACGGCGCGGCCACGUCCUGUGUCCGAGAUUAUAAUUUCUCCUCAUGACGCGCAAAUGUUAGUUUCUGCUGCGACGGCGGGGAGAAUGCGAUCCGAUUCUUCCUCUACGGUGUCUAUGACUUUAGGUCCGGCAUCGGGGCAAGAUGGCUCAUCAGCGCCGGACGCAACGGCGUCGUUCCCUCCUCUCCGCCAUGAGAAGAUUGUCGCAACAGGGAGCGGUAUCGCUGUUGGAAUUGCGCUAACAGAGCCCGUCUUGUUUCUUCAAGGUUAUGAUCAGAAUGACCCAAGUACCAAGAAAUCCGCGAUACUGCGCGGGCAGCUGCACUUGAAAAUCACCAAGAGCGUCAAGAUUAAAAAGAUCUCGAUAUGCUUCCGUGGUCACGCCCAGACCGACUGGCCCGACGGAAUUCCGCCGAAGAAGAUUCAUUUUCAUGACAAGAAAGACCUGGUCACUCAUGGAGUGAUGUACUUUAACCACGGGGAUACUGCCCUUAUGCAGAACGAUUACGGAGCACAUUUCUAUCAGCACGCUAAACCGGUGACCUCGGUGACAGGCAAAGAUGGGUCGACGACGACGACUACCCGGGAACUAUUCUCCAAGAGUGGAUCGUCCCCGUCCCUCAAUCAGUCGACCGCGAAAGAGCUCAAGCGCCUCUCCUUACAAGCCAAUCACGCAUACUCGCGCAGCUUUGGAAAGAACGAAAUGCCGUCCAGCAAUCAGUCGCAUCCCCAGCGCAACUACAGGAUGUUCCCAGUUGGUGACUACCUGUAUAACUUCGAAUUUCCCAUCGAUGGCUCUCUUCCAGAGACGAUCAAGACCGAUCUAGGCUUUGUCAGAUACGAUUUAGAAGCCAUUGUUGAACGUUCAGGCGCAUUCCGGCCUAAUCUACUGGGCACCUUGGAAGUGCCCGUGAUUCGUACCCCGGCCGAGGGCUCGUUGGAGCAGGUUGAGCCCAUCGCGAUUUCUCGGAACUGGGAGGAUCAACUGCACUACGAUAUUGUCAUAUCAGGGAAGUCUUUUCCGUUGGGCUCUCAGGUGCCUAUCGCCUUCAAAUUGACCCCCUUAGCCAAGGUUGAGUGUCACCGGAUCAAGGUUUAUGUGACAGAAAACAUUCAGCAUUGGACAGCAGACAAGAGUGUGCACCGGCUGCAGCCAGCGAAGAAAGUGUUACUUUUCGAGAAACGAGCGGAUUCCGCCAGUGUGAGCACCUACCCGGGCAGCUCGAUGCGUGUCACCGCAGGUGGCGGCAUUGAUUGGGAUCAUCGUGCGGCCGCCGCGAGAGGAGAGGAGAUAGUGGAUCGUAGCCGGACGAAUCUGCUAGGAAAUCUGGCAAAUGAUUCAGGCGUCGGCCCCACCGAAAUGGAGUUCAAUGUUCAACUUCCUAGCUGCCACGAAAUGAAGAAUCGGGAUGAAUCGCAAAGACUGCAUUUUGACACGACGUACGAGAAUAUUCAAAUCAACCACUGGAUCAAGAUUGUGCUGCGUCUCUCCAGAAUUGAUGAGCGCGACCCAAAUAAGCGCAGGCACUUCGAAAUCUCCAUUGAUUCUCCCUUCCACCUUCUCUCCUGCAAGGCCACGCAAGCCAACAUCUAUCUUCCUGCGUACACCACUCCAAACUCGGAUCCAGGUCUGCCUACGCAAGAGUACGAAUGCGGAUGUCCUGGAGCGGCAAUGGUCAACAGAAACAGCUCGAGCAACCAACUAUUAAUGACUGAUCGGGAAGAUGCGCCGAAUGGCGGCACUGUAUCUCGCAGCUUCACCAACGGAUCCGGAGGCUUGGCUCGUCCGCCGCAAGCCCAUCUCGCGCAUGAAGCGAAUGAGCGUUUUGCCCGUCCUAUGCACCUCCUUCGAGCGCCAUCCUUCGCUCCGCCUGCGUUUGAAGACCUUCCACCUCCACCGCCACUAAUAACCCCACCCCCAGAGUACAACUCGAUCGUGGGCGACAAUGACAGAGAGGCUGUCCUGCAGGACUAUUUCUCUCGCUUAUCUUUUUACGAGGAACGUGACGGAGAUGAACGUGGCCGUGGUCGUGUCGACGUACCCCUUACUCCAGGAGGCCGCGUGAACCGCAGCAUGGAUGUUCCUCGAGAAUGGGUACGACUUGGAGAACCGGCUGUCCAAUAG